AUGAUAUAAUAGAAUAUCUGUUUCUAUGAUAUAGAAGAAGUUUUAAGCUCUUCACUUUAAUCGCAUUAGACACUCCAUAUUGAUCUGAGUUGGAAAGAAAUUGAUUAUAAAGGUGCUUCAGCCUUAUGUUUCGGUUUAUCAAAUUGCACUAAUCUCUCAAAUUUGAUACUUGAUCUUUAGUCGAAUUAAAUUGGUGACGAAGGUGCAUCAGACUUAGGUUCUGGUUUAGGAAAGUGCACUAAUCUCUCAAAUUUGAAAUUUGAUCUUUAUAAAAAUAAAAUUGCCGUAUUUGGUGCAUCUGGCUUAGGUUCUGGUUUAGGAAAGUGCACUAAUCUCUUAAAUUUGGAGCUUAAUCUUGAGUAAAAACAGUUUAUUUGUUUGGAUUGUGAUACUUUUGAAAUUUAAAAAUGA